AUAGUUUCAGAACUUAAACACCAAAAACUACUUUUCUGUUUUGUACAGCAUAAGGAGGCAUAGGAGGGUUCACCAUGAGCCAUUUCAGAGCCCAAACCCGCUUUGAUUUAAGUCAGGGACUGUUUACCUACAGGUUUUGGUAGGAUGCAGUAAAAUACAUGUCAAUUAGUUUCUCAUUUAAACUAUUUGAAUUGGAAUGUUCUUCUAAUAUCCCUUGUGCUGAGUUUUGUGUAUUGUAUCAGGAAGCUUUUCAUAAUAACAACUUUAUAAAAAAAUGACAUCCCUUUUCUACUUAAUAAUCUGUUUAUUUGACACUCUCAAGUAUGUAAUACUUACAAACACAUUACGCAAUGCGAUACUGGAAACUAUUAACUUGAGCUUGUGCUGUUUCUGCUAUAAUUCUUAAGAACCGCAAUUUCCCCCUUUGAGUCCCGACCCUGCUCCCCAAAUACUUAUUUUUAAUACCUUCAUAAACUAAAGCAGACUACGUGCCAAAGCCAAGAAUGUAUCCUUUACUCUAUGCUUGCAUAUUUCAUUAUGUUGCAUAAAUAAUGCAAGUAAAUCCGAAAGACACAAAAGCCACAUAGCUACAGGUUGGCAGAACAAAGCAGCAGACACAAGAGAAUGGGCUUCAGUGCUUGAAGGUGUAAAAGUAAAGCUAGGUUUAAUGCAAGGCAAAAAAGUCCACACAAUUUCAGUGGAAAACUUAGUUACUACAGAAGAAGAACUGAAUCAGUUUGCCAGUGUUGUUGCACUGAAAAGAAAGAUUGUACCAUCCCCUUUUCCAAUUCCUUGUGUUGGAAAGGAUUCAGGGUAACUGGCUGUAGGGGAAAAGAAGUUAAGAGAAACUAAAUUCUAAUUUGUCUUUGGUGAUUCUUCUGGCUUUGUCCACUCCUAGUAGAAUAUCCUGGUUUUUCAGUAAGAGAGGAGGAUAACUCUUAGGAUGUGCUCUUAAAUUUGAAAAAGUUAUCUCAGUUUUCUUUAAAAGAGAAGAGAAUUUGGUUUCUAUCUCAACAGGAGAAUAAUGCAAUUCCUUGUUGAUUUUGUAUGGGUUUUAGUUAAAAUAGAUUAUUCAAAAGACAAUAAGAGGGUGACAAGAGGAGAGAAGCUUGUAGAAGGUGAGUUUUUGCAUGCUCCUAUCUAUUUAUCUCUCAUUUAUUAACAAACUGGACAGCCUAAGCAACAAGUUUGCUCCAAACCCAAGGUCUUUUCCUUCGUGCUUCCUACCAUCUGUGACACUCAUUUUGUGUGUUAUACUCUUAUUGGCAUUAUACAAAAUUAGCCAGGUCUUGCUCAACUAGAUCAAAAGUACAUCUUUCAUGUAGCUUUGAUCAAGUCACACAUCUGUAUUUUUAUGACUGGUUUUGUUCAGAUUGAGUCUUAGAAUUUAAUAUUAUUACAUAUUAUGCUCUACAGUUUUAAAACUGAUAUAAUGGAAAGCAUUUCUCCAGUGAUAUCAUAAAUUGGCAUUGAGUUACAUGGAAGAGUCCUGAAGAAUCAUUUGGGUUUGUUUUUUAAUCGCAUACAUACAAGGUAUGACUGUUUAAUUUGUACAAUUUAAUUGUAGUAAAGACAACUCACUAGUUCUUAGGUUACCUAUUGCAAUUAAAUAUUGAUAAAGGAAACAAACACCUUGCAAUAUCGUGCAAAUCUGUGUUUUUCCCUUCUGCUGUUAUCAACUGCAUUUUCAUAACAGACCAAUGAAAGGGGCAGUCCCUUUAUGGAUGCUUGGGGAAAAAAAAAUAAUCAGUGGCUGAUUUUUAUCUAAUGCCUCUGUUAUCUCAUUGUGGUUCUGAUGAGCUAGGUAAGUCUCAAACAGUUAAUAAGUUUACAGGUCACUUCACAGAGUCAAUGCCCUGGCAUUUUAUGGCCUUCUAAUGAGCCGUUAAACUGGAAAAGAGGUAAUUAAAUAUGGUACUCUGGUACAAUGUACACAGAACUGACUCCAGCUCUCUGAUUUUAGGUUCCUCCGAAGACGAUGAAGUCAUUCAAGAAGGUCUCCUCAGGCUCAGCAGGGGCGAGUAAAGGUGGAGACGAGCCCGGGAAGUUGCCGGAGCAGGAAGAAGAGGAGGAAUCCCAGGUUUUGCACGGAACCGGCCAUUGCAAAUGGUUCAAUGUGAGAAUGGGAUUCGGGUUCAUCUCCAUGAGCAACCGAGAGGGAAGCCCCUUGGAGUCUCCAGUUGAUGUCUUUGUACACCAAAGCAAGCUUUACAUGGAAGGAUUUAGAAGCCUAAAAGAAGGAGAACCAGUGGAAUUUACUUUUAAGAAAUCUUCCAAAGGCCUUGAAUCAAUACGGGUAACAGGCCCUGGUGGGAGCCCCUGUUUAGGAAGUGAAAGACGACCCAAAGGGAAGACAGUACAAAAAAGAAAACCAAAGGGAGAUAGAUGCUACAACUGUGGUGGCCUCGACCACCACGCUAAAGAAUGUAGUCUACCUCCGCAGCCAAAGAAGUGCCAUUACUGUCAGAGCAUCAUGCACAUGGUGGCUAACUGCCCCCAUAAAACUGUCUCACAGCAGCCCACUAGUUCUCAGGGAAGACAUGAAGCUGAACCGCAGCCUUCCACUUCUGCUUUCCUGAGAGAAGGGGGAGGAAUGCACGGCUACUCGUCUCCAUUGUACUCUCAGGAGGGCAGGUCGGAAAACUCAGAGCGCUCGGGCAGGUCACCACAGGAAGCUUCAUCGAGUAAGUUGUCUGCGUCACCCGAAGAACCGAGCAGAAAGGGGCCUUCUGUUCAGAAAAGGAAAAAAACUUAAAGCAUUUGUCAUAACUUUCCAUUUUCUUUAUCCUCUUGGGAUGUCUACCUCAUGCAAGUACAGGGGAAAUAAUUUCAUUAUCAGUAGCUGACCUGGAAUUUUAACUACUGUUGAGGAACUGUGAAUUUUUUUUCUGUAAUAGACAAAUCACUCCAAGCAAAAUACAUUUGAGCAGGGUGCAUUACGUUUUACCUUCUGUAUGUGUGUGUAUGAGUGUGCACGCGCGUGUGUGUAUGUGUACCUAUCUAUAAAUAUAUAUUUUUUCCAUCAGACCAGUCUCCAGCUCCCACAGCCAUCACUGUGAAGCAAUAGGCACAGUAUCCACAAACAUUCCUGAACUCAUUCCUAGAACCUGUCUCCAAACGUGUUCAAAAACAAAGAAGAAAACCCAAGAAAUCUCACUCAGAAAAAAACCAAACCUGAUAAACCAAACACAGAACUGAGAUCAAGACUGUUACUUCUCUUGUGAUCCAAAGGUUACUUUCAUAUUUUAAAGCUGCCAUAUGGUACUAAAGAUACUAAGACAUCCCCCAUAUCAUCAAUUUGAGUUGUUUUCUUUCUCAUCUCCACAAAGCAUCAGAACCCCUCCCUUACCUGUGCCCAUGCAGGGCAGUGUCAUAACUCAGCAUGGCUCUCAUUGCCACCAUCCUUUGUGGGUGAGGAGUUUAAAGCUCCAGAAAAGACAAUGAAUGUGUAGUUUCUGUGCUGGUUUCUCAAAAAUUUUUGUUAAAUUAAUAUGGUUGUAACUGUAAUUUAGAUGACUGUUGUGUAGGGGAGAAUGUACAAGUUGUUAACAAACAGACCCUAUUGAGUGAUAUCAGGAUACCAUCCUGUUUAACCCUUUGUAUUCUGUGAACAUUUAGAGGACCUUGGUGGCAGCAGUAGCAGCAGCAGCAGCAACAUCUCUUGGUCCCAAGUAGUGCCCACCAGUUUGAAGGGACUUCCUCCUUGUUUUCUGUUGAAAUGCCAUGGAGAGAAUUUCCUAGGGAUUUUCGUUGUUGUAUGUUCUGGUUUUAAAGAAAAUGAAAUGCAAAACUAAUGAGAUUUUGGGAUAAAUAGUUUCUUAAGAAUAAAGGUAGAUGGGUGCUUGGGGUUGCUCAGCCAGCCUCACUUGCUGAUGAUACAGCAUGAGUACAGUCAAGAAGGACAGGUGUCUGCUGCAGACAAGCCUGAGUGAAGGGACCUGCAAAUUUGCCAGAAGCCCUGGACAUCAUCUGCUUCUUGUGAACUGGGGGCUGUUGCUGACCAGCCUUGGUCCAGAGUGCGCUGGGACCACACACUUCUGCAUUAAAGAGGAGAAAGAUUGGUGGCCUCAGAGUGAGACUCCCUGGGCUGCAGCCCUUGCUCGGGGUUAAUAGAGUUGGAGCCUAUCAAAACUUCAAGUCGCUUUCCAUUUGUAACUUCUGAAUAACCAAGUCAUACGUAAGAUAACGUACUUUGACAAAUCCCAUUGUGGAUGUAAGUUAAUUAGAGAAACCUGUAUAAUCCUUAACAUUGGCAAUAAACACAGGCUGUUAAAGCUUGGAAGUGUCGGGUAGGUUUAAGCUUGGAUAAUCAAACUAAAGAAACAGCCUGCAUGAAAGGCUACAGCGAGCCAAAGUCCUACCCGUGGUAACUCUUUUGCAGCCACUAGUUACAACAGGUAUGCGACUGGCUCAUUAUAUGGCCUUCCCCUUCCCACUUGUCCUACCAGAUGAGACUUUUACUGUUGCUGCUGCUGCUUCAGUAAACAGGUAGUAAUCAAACGCCUCGGCGAAGGGCACAAUUUGAAGAGAAUUAUUUUGUGUGAAUUCCCAUGCCAGUGUUUGCGAGAAUCUUGAUGGUUUAUACUGAAGUUCUCAGUAUGCUAAUGCAAAGCUUACCUUUGACGAUAUUGAAUGUGAUAUAUCUAUAGAGAAGAACUUCCUUGCCUUACGUAAGGAUAGUAAACUUAUUUAAAUUAUGUAGACAAAUCAAAGUGGCAUUGCUUAACCUUCUAGCCGGUGUGAAAACCAGGUUAAACAGCAAAGAUGCAAAACUUAGGUCACUUUGAAAAUUUAAACCAAAGUUCCUUAUAGAAAUAGGCAAUUGUGGAUUUGAAAACUGGUCAUUCCCUGUUUAUACAUAAGAAGUUCAGAGCUGAGUUAAGGAAGUAUUUUCAACAUGCAGAUUUUUAUUGGUGCUGUUUGAAAUCACUCUGCGCACCAAAGUCAGACUGAACUGCGAAGAGCACAUACCAAACCCUAUCUUAUUGCUGAAAGCUUAAGGUUUUAUUUUUAUAUAUUAGAAUGUUAUCACUAUUACAUAACAUACUCAGGACAAAGAACUUUGCUCAGGGAAUAUACCAUGGAAUGUUGUUUUUUCUUUACAGAAUAGUCUACAGACCUCCUUACUCAGAACAAACCAAAUAGUCUUAGACCUUUUUAUCUCUAUAUAAGUAUUAUGUACUGAUAUUAGUAACUACCUCUGAGUUGACAUAGAUCUACAUUUCUGAUAAUCAGAUCUCAGCAUUUUGUAUUAUAAGUUCCUGUGAAAUGAUAAAGUGGUAUUCUGUACUGGUUACUUAUGUGAACAUUUGUGUCUUUACAUUCACAGGGUCUGAGUUUUCAGAGAUGCUGGGCAACCACAGCUCUCACUGACUUCCAGUCAGAGUUACUGGUGCUUCGCUUUUCUAGGAGGGGAGGGAUGAGGGAUGGGGGGUGGAGGGGAAAGAAUAAAAACACAAGAGCAUCAAGCCCACUUUGUUUACAUAGGUGACAAUAAAAUUAUUAUUCUGUUUACAGCAAAAGGCUACCUCAUAUUUACUGCAUAAACACACCUUUGUGCUGCUCUAGCCUUAAAGGUGGCUGUUGAUCUAUGGUACAUACUUUUUAUCUGUACUAAAUAUGUAACUGAUAGUUCACCACUGCAUACAUUAUGGCAAAUACUUGUUUAAGAUGAAGCAUCCGUUUGAAAUUAUGAGACGUUUCCAAACAUUUCUUUGAAAGCUUUUAUUUUUCUGUCUAAAGGAUUAUGGGCACUGUUCAUGAAAAUAAAUACAUCUACAGAAGAGACAAAAAUGUACAUGCCUAAGUUAAACAUAUAGCAGUGCAAGCUGCAGCAGGUAACUACUGGACACUGGGCUGCAGUAGGAAAAAAAACCCCCAACUAUCUAAUUAUACACCUUCAGCUCCAGAUAAGAACCCUUUAAAGGAGGAGGCACAGGCUCAGUUUCAGAUUCUUCCUUUAUGUCUCAGGACAAAAUGAAUAUUCUGCAGCAUUGGCUCAGCCUAUUCACCAGCCUGUCCUUGCCAGAAUGCUUCACAAUAAAACUCAUUUGAGUAGAAAUAGUUCAAAUGUCUGCUCAGAGAGAUGUAUUUUUCUCCUAAUAAUAGUGGAGAUAGCUAAGGUUAAACCUGGAACAAGAAUCUCCCUCCCAUUCCCCCACCCCAAAAUACUCAAUUUGAUUUAAUUAUAAGGGACAUUGUGAGGUAUUUUUUACUCUCCCCCAAGGAGAGGUCAUGGUAUUUAUUUACAUGCUACAAAAGUUAGGCCAUGAGGAAGACUUGUAUUUGGAGGAGGAGGAGCCAAAUAGCUUUUCACUGCAGUUGAUGGUAAAUCUGGCGUUGCAAUACCAUUUGCAAAAUUCUGCUUUUAGCCAGCUUUCAGGGAGUGCCAAACACCACAUUUGGAUCCUACCUUUUCCCUUUGCAGGCCACCUUUUUCAGCCCAGUUCUACUCUGCACCAGUGUUAUCCUGGAGUUCCUGCUUAGUCAUACUUUUAGUUUUGUGAAUAGAGCCCCAUAAAAAGUGUUUAUAAAUCUUGUAACAUUCUUUGUAAGAAGAAUUAUAAAAGAACAUGGGAAAUCUCAUCUUAAAUUUAAUUUAAUUAAUUUAUCUGUAAGAAAUGUUUAUCAUAAAAAAUAUAUAUGUAUUCCCCUGUGCUAGAUAUAAAAGUAAUUGGGAAGAUAUGUACAUGUGCAGAUGCACUGAUUUUAAUUUUCUAGAAGUCUUAAUGAGAUUUGAGUAUUGUUUUAGAAACAAGCAGAGCCUUGUUAAAUGCAUCGAUCUUAUUUUGCCUAGUAUAUCAACAGCCUCUUCUUUAAGAUCCGUUGGUUGUGUACCCCUGUUACAACUGUUGACUGAUAACAAGAGGUUGAUUUAUGAACACAUGUUUCUGUUUUUUAUAUAAACCGGAGAUGUAUAUUAAGCAGCUUCGGCAGUGCUUUUAUGAGAAUGUCAAGAAGUACCUAGGUAUUUGCUACCAUUGUCGUGGAACCAAACGUAAGAACAACUAUCUUUACAAAGGAUAAUGGUUUUGACUACCUCUUGGAUUACUAAGUUAAGCAACAACUGGCUGACAAACAUCACCAGACUGGCUUAAACUAGUAUGUGUUGCUUGUGGUAAUAAUAACAAUAACCAUACUAGAGACCAAAGUGAACACUGAUUUCUAUAUGUCUUUAGUACUGUGUCUUAUCUAGUGUUUUUAAAUUAUCUUCUGUAGUAUAGAUUACCUCAUUGUCCAUUUUGACUUGUAUGUUGUUUACAAGGUGAAAUAAAAGAAAAAUCACUUGAAUUUUAAGUUUUAAGAAAAAGACAGUGAGUUGAAGUUUUGAAGGUCAUUUCACCUGUUUACUGUCUUGAGGGACUAAAGCACUGAUUGCCUUUCUACAUAUCAUGUAUUUUAUAUUCUCAUUUCAUGCCUAAUGUCUUUUUUUCCUGUCAGUCAUGGA